AUGACAGUUCCCCCUACGUGUGUGGGUGGAGGAGCUGGACUCCAUUCAUGGACCAUGGUCCAGGCAGGGGCUCCAGUUCCAGUAGGUAGGAAAAGAAGUCGUCAUUUCCGGGGCCUUCACCAGGGCUUGAUGGCUCUCUGCUCUCUGAUUGGGCGGAAGUGGCCUGGGCAGGCUUGUGACCCUACAGCCAAGGAGGGGCUGUACCCCAGCCAGUGUCUUCCUACCUACCUGCUUCCCAGAGCGCUGCCUGCUGUGCACCUGGCUCCUGGAGCCCUUCUCCACUGGAUAGAUUCCUCGGCCCACCUGUGCCCCACCCAACUCCGUGCAGAAGUGCAAAAGGUCAAGCCGCCUCCAUGGCCCCGGGAAAGAUUCAGGGGAGAGGCCCCAUCCAGGGAGCCCCUCCAGCCAGACACCCUGGCCAGAAUGGAGCUGACUGAUUUGCUCCUGGUGACCAUGCUUCUCCUCACUGCAAGACUAACUCUGUCCAGCCCAGUUCCUCCCGCCUGUGACCGCAGACUCCUAAAUAAACUGCUCCGUGACUCCCAUCUCCUUCACAGCCGACUGAGUCAGUGCCCUGACAUCAACCCUUUGUCUACACCCGUCCUGCUGCCAGCUGUGGACUUUAGCCUCGGAGAAUGGAAAGCCCAGACGGAACAGUCCAAGGCACAGGACAUUCUAGGGGCAGUGACUCUUCUCCUGGAGGGAGUGAUGGCAGCACGAGGACAGUUGGAACCCUCCUGCCUUUCAUCUCUCCUGGGACAGCUUUCUGGGCAGGUUCGCCUCCUCUUGGGGGCCUUGCAGGGCCUCCUAGGAACCCAGGCCCAUCCUCUGCCCUCAGCUUCCUCCACAGGGCAGGACCACAGCCCACAAGGAUCCCAAUGCCAUCUUCUUGAGCUUGCUACAACUGCUGCGAGGAAAGGUGCGCUUCCUGCUGGUAGUAGACGGCCCCACCCUUUGUGUCAGACGGGCCCUGCCCACCCCAGCUGUCUCCAGCAGUACCUCUCAACUCCGCACAAUAAACAAGCUCCCAAACAGGACUUCUGGAUUGUUGGAGACAAACUUCAGUGCCGUAGCCAGAACCACUGGCCCUGGACUUCUGAACAGGCUUCAAGGAUUCAGAGCCAAGAUUAUUCUCGAUCAGCUAAAUCAAACCUCCAGGUCCCCAGGCCAAAUCCCUGGAUACCUGAACAGGACACACGGACCCGUGAAUGGAACUCAUGGGCUCUUUGUUGGAGCCUCACUUCAGACCCAGGAAGCCCCAGACGUUCUGCCAGGAGCUUUGAACAAAGGCUCCUUGCCACUCAACCUCCAGACUGGACAUCCUCCUUCUCCAACCCAUGCUCCUGACCGACACACUCUCUUCUCCCCUUCACCUACCUUGCCCACCCAUGGGUCUCCAACCCAAUUCUACCCCCUGGUUCCUGACCCUCCCACCACCAUGCCUAAAUCUACCAGUCCUCAUCCAAUCGCAAUGUACCCUCAUUCCCAAAAUUUGUCUCAGGAAGCAUAAGGACCAACCACAGGCACAGCCAGCACCUGCAGCAUCUCUCGGGGACAAGCCUUCCCCAGCAGAGGCUCUGAGAGGCAACUGCAGCUACGUGUCCUGCUUUCACCUGGAACCCAAGGAGACACAGGACAGGACAUCGUUAAAUUUUAGGAACUAUUUUUUUUUAACCUAUCAGCAAUAUUCAUCAGAGCAGCUAGUUAUCUUUGGUCUACUUUCUGUAUAAAUUUGAAAAAUGACAAA